CGGCAGCCGCGGGCCCGGGCCUCUCCGCGGCCUCCUCGCCAGCCUCGCGGGGCCGCCUCCGGGAGGAGGAGAAGCACGGAGCGCCGCGCCGCGCCCCCGGGGACGCACGAGAGGCGGCGCGCCAGAGGAGCGCCCCGGGCGAGACGGCAGGCCUCUCCUGAGCCGCACUUUUGGGGUCUCUCCUGCCCAUCACGGUCCUUCCAUGGGUAGCUGCAGUGGAGCCGCAGGGGUAUCCGAGAGCUCUGCCCAGGAUGGCUAGCCCCCACAAGCUGACCGGAGAGACGCUGAUUGUCCACCACAUUCCCCUGGUGCACUGCCAGGUUCCCGAUCGACAGGGCUGCAGUGCCAGCAAGCGGACCAACCCAUUCUGCCCGCCUGACGUGGGGGUCGCGUGCACCACCUCCCUUCCGGAGUGGGACCUCUCGCAGACUGACUCCUUGGUCUACAGCAGCUUGCGACAGGCUUCGGACACAGAGCUGGCUCCAGCGGAGACGGCAGGGAACAAAGAAGGCAAGCCCAGCGAUUUUACCUCCUCUGGCGCCCACAAGCGGCAGAACCCAUUCCUGCUGAGCGAUAGCGACGCGCCUGGGGACCAUUUGGGAGAUGACCCAGCCCAGAAGUCAUUCCACCUCCACAGGGGCAAGUCCACCUUCCACCUGCAUGAGCUGGCCCUGCCCCCAUUCCGCCUGCACGACUCCCACCCUGUUGUGAAGCCCUGGAGUGCCACCAGCCGUGCGGACGUUGCCGAGGGCCAAGAGGACAAGCUUGCGAGGGAGGAUGCCCAGAAGAAGAGCCACCUGGCAGCAGACUGCAUGGAGCUGGAGGAGUAUGGCUGCCCGCGCGGGAACCCUUCCAGCUUCUCCUUUGAGCAGGAGUGGGCCAACGAUGCUGACGAGCUCAUGCCGAACCAGGAGGCGGCACGCAGCCGGACAUGCAGCUGCUCCAGUUCCGAGCUCCAGCGCUGCCGGUGCUACAGCCUCUCGAGCCAGUCCGAGCCUCUGGACCAGCAGAUGGGCUACAUCAGUGACUCCUCCUGCAACAGCUCUGACGGGGUCCUGGUGAACUUCAGCACCCUCUACCACAAGAUGAAUGGCCACGCCCACUCCAACCGGAACUCGGCCAACCUGUCGUGUGACUCUUCCUCGGACAGCCACUCGGACACGGGGGCUUUUUACCUGGACUUGCACUCGUCACCCAUGGAGUCGAAGCUGUCCUGCAAGACACACCAUCUGGAGGGCCCAGGGAAAACCUGUGAGUGCCGCCACCCAUCCUCUCCAGUCUUGGAUGCCAACUGCAACUCCUAUCUGCCACAGUGUGAUCCCUGCAGCUCCGAGGGCUCGGACCUCACCGCCUGCUUCCAGAGCCAAGCACGGCUAGUGGUGGCCACCCAGAACUACUACAAACUGGUUACCUGUGACCUGUCUUCCCAGUCCUCCCCCAGCCCUGCUGGCUCCUCCAUCACCAGCUGCUCUGAGGAGCACACCCAAGCCAGCCCUCUCCAGCCCACCGAGUACUACCUGUUCCAGAGGCCUCAGCCCCAGCAGGAGGAGAGCACGGACACGGAGUGUUCCAGGGACGGGUCACAGGGGGAGGCGGAGAGAAAUGCCAUCGAGGGGCAGGUUUAUGUCAACAUUUCCCCUCCCACCCUCGCCGGCAGCGGGAGGCAACGUUCCCGGAGCUACGACCGCCACCUGGACCGCAGCCCCACCAGCCGGCUGGGCUCCUUGGAGCGCAUGCUGAGCUGCCCGGUCAAGCUGAGCGACAGCUCUGCCCUGGCCAUUCAGGGCUCCCCUCCCAAGCGGGUUACAUCCUUUGCGGAACUAGCGAAAGGCCGGAAGAAGGCAGGCUCCUCUCCCCCUCUGCGGACCAGCAGGGACUCUUCCCUUGAGUUCUCCCCCAUCCCUGAGUACCAGAAGGAUGGUUCGGUCUUCCUGGAUGACCGGGCCCAGCACAGCCGGAGCCUCCCACCCCUGCCCUUGAUCCACUCCCUCAGCCACAGCUGUGAGGGCCGCCGCAGCCCCGAACGAGGAGGGAGUGCCUCUGCAAAAGACAUGCGGUUCAGGGAGAUGCAUUUCUGUGGCCAAGCGGGGCCUGAGCAGCCGUUUCCUCCAACUUCAGCAGAGGCAGGGGCCAACAGCCUGGGGCAGAAAGACAUUCGCGCCCGAGCAGAUGGUGGGGCCGCAGACAGCCAGGCGGCGGUGGUGCGCUACAGCAAGGACCAGCGGCCCACCACGCUGCCCAUCCAGCCCUUCGUGUUCCAGCACCACUUCCCGAAGCAGCCCAAGGGGCGAGGCCUGCACAGCCACUUCGGCUCCAGCCUCUCCCAGCUGUACAGCCUCUCUGCGGCCAGCCGGCCCGCCAGCCAACAGCUGUCCUCUGCCUCCCAGUCCUCCACAUCUGCCACCUCGGCUGACCAGCCCAAGGCAGUGGGCACCCUGGGUCCUGGCCAGCGCUUGGCGGAUGGAGCGGCUUCCCUCGGUGACGGAUGCACCAAGAAGCCUGUCCCGGAGGCCACUCGCCCGUCGCCUCUGGGCAGCUACUCCCCUGUGCGUAGCAACGUGCCUUUCUUCCAAAAUGUGGACUCUUCUUCCUGCACCCCAACAUCUGAGAACCAGCCCCCCCGAAGCAGGUCCUGCCCUGUCUCUGCCAACCUCCUGCCUGCCGGACCUUCCCCGGCCCUGGGCAGCCAGGCCACCCGAGGCAGCACCCAUGCCGAGACCGGGCACAAAAAGGCGAGUCCCCAGCCAGUGGCCAAGACGCUGCCGGAACAGAAGGAGCCGCUUGACGAGAACCAGCUGCGUGGCGGCUCCCUCCCUCCUGUGGGGACCAACGGGAUGAGCUGGUCCAGAGCAGGGGGACACGCUGACCUUCAGGGGAAGGCUGGCUGCAGCGAGCCGGUUGGCGCCGGAUCUUUGGGGGCCAUCGUGGCCCGUCCCGUGAAUGCCCAUCACCUCUCCCCACAAGCUCUCAAGUGGCGGGAAUAUCGGCGGAGAAACCCCCUGGGGCUGGAUCGUGUCUCGGGGCUGGCGGGGCUAACGGGCAGCCUGGACUGGAGGCGGCAGGAGGGCCGGCUUCCCUGGAGGAAUCCCAUCUUGGAGUUCCCAGGUGCCCUGAAUGCCGGACGUGCCGGCUGCAGGCUCAGUGGGCAGUCGGUGAAGCAGCUGUCGCUCAACUAUUCCGACUUCUUCCCAGACUACUUCUCCCUGGCGGAAAAGCCCCCGGCUGAGUUCUGCCUGUCACCGGACGGAAACACGGAAUCCGUCUCCAUCGAUCUGCUGCAGAAGAAGGGACUGGUCAAGGCGAUCAACAUGGCGGUGGACCUCAUUGUGGCACAUUUUGGGACCAGCAGAGACCCUGGGGUGAAGGCCAAGCUGGGGAACAGCUCCGUGAGCCCCAAUGUGGGGCACCUCGUCCUGAAGUACCUGUGUCCUGCCAUCCGCGACCUCCUGAGCGACGGGCUCAAGGCCUACGUGCUGGACGUGAUCGUGGGCCAGAGACGCAACAUCCCCUGGAGCGUGGUGGAGGCCUCCACUCAGCUGGGCCCCUCCACCAGGGUCCUGCAUGGCCUCUACAGCAAGGUCAGCCAGUACCCGGAGCUCACCAGCCAUACCAUGCGCUUCAACACCUUCAUCUUGGGUCUUCUCAACAUCCGAUCGCUGGAGUUCUGGUUUAAUCAUCUCUACAACCAUGAAGACGUCAUCCAGGCGCACUACCAGCCGGCGGGCUUCCUGGCGCUGUCGCACGGCGUGUGCCAGGGCCUCUUCGAGGAGGUGCUGCUGCUGCUGCAGCCGCUGUCUCUGCUGCCCUUCGGCCUGGACCUGCUCUUCGAGCACCACCUGCUGCAGGCGGGCCAGGAGCAGCAGCAGCGGAAGGAGCUGCUCCGCACCAAGCAGGGCCUGGUGCUUUCCGCCCACUCCACCCUGCAGCUGAUGCGGACCCGAGGGAGCAGCUCGGAGGGGAGCAGCCGGAGCUGGGCGUCCGAGCAGGAGAAGACGGAAGCCAGGGUCAGGGGCGUGGGGGCUCCCUGCAGAGGCGGCGGGAAGGAGGCCCCCUCGGAGCCGAGAAAGGACAAGCAGGCCAGCUGGUGGUACCAGCUCAUGCAGAGCUCCCAGGUCUACAUCGAAGGGUCAGCCGAAGGCUCUCGUUUCAUCCGAUACGAGCGGAAGAAGAAGGCGGACACGGGCACCACGGUCAAGCAGGCUGAGUCCAGAAAGGGGCCUCCCCCGCGGGAAGGGGUGGUGGAAGGGGCGGAGGCCUGCCCCAUCACGGAAGUACCGGUCAAGGAGAGGCCUCGGGUGGCAGAACCUGCAGAGAAGCAGGAGCCCCUGACCAGAGAAGAGGCGAAGGAGGAAAGCCGCCCCUUCUGGAUGGGCAGCCCACCCGACUCGGAGCUCACGGACCUGAAGCGCAGCAAGGAGAGAGAACGUGGGCCAGCCCCGAAACAGGCGGGGCUGGGGCAGAGCAGUGCCUGCAGCCCCGAGCACAGCCAGCCCAAGUGGGGGCACCUCUUUGGCUCCCGGAAGGUGUCCAAGGAGCCCAAGCAGGCCAACAGGAUGCCCUCUGGCUGGCUGAGCCUGGAUCGCUCCGUGUUCCAGCUGAUGGCCCAGACCGUGGGGGCUGGCAUGUGGAGAGAGACUGCCUCGGAGCCGGAGAGGUUGCCUGCGGAUUGCCCCCUGUCGUGCCGCAAGCAGCAGUCGCUGGACAGGGCCAUGUCCCUGGACACACCCUGCGAGGUGAAGGCCCUUUGCCACCACAUCGCCACUGAGGCUGGGCAGCUGAGCUUCAAGAAGGGAGACAUCCUGCGUGUGGCGAGCAAGGUGGAUGCUGACUGGCUCAGGUGCAGCCGAGGAGCAGAGAGCGGGCUGGUGCCCAUCGUCUAUGUCACCCAUAAGGAAGACGAGGACUAUUGACGGGACGGGGCCCGAUGUCCCAGGAAGCACAGGUCCACGUGCUCUGGCCGCCUGCCCGGCAGGGCUGUGACAGACACGCCUUCUCCCUGGCCCCCGAGGCUCCUUGCUGUGUUGCUGACUUCCCACGCCCUUUUCUCUGCCCUGCUCCGUGGGGGGCUGGCAGGGAUGCCAGGUUGCCAAGCACUGUGCAUGCUCUCUCGCGCUCCGCCAGGGGAGUCCCUCGCAGCCCCCCCUUUCUUUCCUCCUCCAGCUCCAUCUUCAGCUAUCCUCCAACAUAAACUUUAGGCUCCAGGGGCGAAAGUGGUCUGGGCAGGAUGCAGACGCCCGCCUGAGAUCCAACGGGGUGGUCCUUGUCCAACUACAGUCCCCAGCAUGCAUCGCUCCUCUUCCAUCUGUGUGUGCAGGCAGGGGCCUCUCCUCUGCUGGUGGCAGGAAGCCCCGCCCCAGGACUCUGUGCUCACUUACGUUAACACGGCAUUGCCGCAGGGCCGAUGUGCAGCCAGUGGGAGCCAGCCAGGGAGGGAGGGGCAGGCGAGCCCCGCGCCGAGCAGGGAAAGUAGUCCCCCCAGUAUCUGUGUGUGUGUAGUGGUUUGGUAGCAGUUGACGGCUGUUCUGUGGUAGAAGUAGCUGGUCUGUGGGAGUUGCCCACUGAUGGGGACCCCGGGACGUAGGGGGAGGGGACAUUCUGGAAUGGGGGAGGGGACAUUGCUUCCAGCUGGGGGGAGGGGCGUCCCCUCUUCCAAGCGACUGCCGUGGUUUUUAGCAUUUUUAAGUGACAAAAGAGCACAGCAGUAGGAGGGCCAUAGAGGCCACCAAAGUGGAAAUAGGCUGGUGGUGGUGGAACUGCCUGCCACAUGAUUCUGAGGAAGGGUCUUCCAGGGGGUUGGAAAUCUACUUCUGUGCUGUGUUCCAUGCCUCCUUCGGGGACAAGUUGUGUAUGGGGGCAGCGCCAGCCCUUGGGGUCCCCUAUCUCAGUGUAGCUAAGGAAACAGUAUUAUUGCGCAGGCCAGCCCGUGUGCAGAGCCUCGGCUGCGGUGCUGCCCCCCGCCCAGCCGAAAUCUGCCGAGGGCGUCUCCGAUGUUGCAAAGGUUGCUCCUAUGUGUACAUACGGCUCUUGCGGACAUGGCGCCAUUAUUUAAUUUGUACUUCUGGCGUUAGAACAGGGUGUCUCGCCUUUAUUUAUUUCUUUAUUUAUGAUGCACAUUAAUAAAAAAGGUGCUGGCAAAGA